UUUAAACUAUAAUAAUGUCAAACUAAUAAUAGAUCAUCUCUGUGAAUUGAAUUGUACCAAUCGCAAUUUGUAUCCAAUCUAGCAGUACCAAGGGUUUGUGGAACAUCAAAGAAGACAGUCGUGAUCCAACAGAUAUCGAGUCUUGCUCAAUGGAGCAACUUGGAGAGAUGGAAACUGAGGCACGAAGACGCCUGAGCCUCUGUCGGCCUCACUUACAGAGACUGCGAAGCCUUUUGGAAAUGAAUAACACCGUAGAUGACCCUUCUCCUAAAGAAUGUAUGAUCGAAGCUUACAAAUACCUGCGACAUUGCGAAAAAUUGGUAGAUAAGUACAAAGAGCGGAAGAAUAGCGAACUAGAGGAUGAAUAUAUCAGCAAGAUCGAUUCAGCUCUGAAAGCGUUAGAAUUUGAUUCAAAUUCAUUGACAAUAUUUAAAGACGGCUCAGGUGAAGGAACCCACCAUAUGUUUUUCAACUUCGAAAAUACAGAGUUGUAUAAGUUGUUACAUGGAGAAUCCAGACAAGGCUUAAAGAAGUUGAUGGAGUCGAUUGAACAAGACAUACAUAUUCCUAUGAAGAAGUUCCUGGAAAAAUUGGAGAUGGUUAAUCUUAAGACAUAUUAUACACUAACUGUGUAGAGACUACACUCAAACUUGAAUAAACAGUACCUCAGUAGGCACCCUGUUUCUUGAUAGGGGAGAUUGAAUACUUACAGGUUAGUAAUUGGACAUAGUUAUAAAUAGUUCAUAUAUCCCUAAAUUAGUAAUAGACUCCAAGUAUUCCAGUAAGAAAUCCUUCAGUUUUUGCACAUUAUUUAGAAGGGGUCUUGUAUUUAUGUUAGUGAGGAAUAAUAAAAAUCUAACUUAAUAAGACUCCAUUUUUGAGGUUCAACCUUUACUUCCUGAAUUAAUUACUAAUAGCCUACUUAGUGUAUGGGGUAUAUUUGAUAUGAUUUUCUUUUUAAUAAUCAUAAUUGACAUUUUAGCCUACUCAUAUUAGACGAAAAUACCACUGAUUUGCGAAAUAAUUGUAAAGUCUGGUUUUAUUGCUGCAAGUUGUUCAAUGGGGUAUUCAAAACAUGG